AGCAAUGCGAGAAGUGAACACUGGAGCUCAGUAUGGUUUGUAAUGUGGAGUACAACUAACGUGAAUUUAUAAAACGAGAACGAAUUUAUUUUUGUGUGUGUUUAUUAGGCUGUGUAUCCACACACAGCACAAUAUCAUUUGCUCUAGAAGUACUUGAAUUUUAUAGAAUAAGAAGAAAAAAAAAGUAUUUUUUUUGCUUUUACCUGUGUUACGAAAACCGAUAUCCAGAGAGUGUAUCUUUUAUUUAACAAUGUUGAUUAAAGAAUCUUGAUUUUUUGGUUCGAUUACCUUCCUACUAUUUUCAAGACUGAUUAGAAUCCACCAACAACUCAACACUGUAGAUCAUCAAUAUGUGCAAUAUGACCUUGACCGAGCAAGAGCCUUCAGACCUUCCAACGGCUAAGCUCAUCAUAAAUGAACUUCGGCGUAAAUAUCGCCUUCAAACCGAACAAAUCAUGACUUGGAAGAAAGCGUUCAACAUCAAAGAGCAGCAACACUACAAAGAGUCCCGGCGUCAAACUGAAGAGUUGAACUCGCUGACCAGCCAAUUGAUUCUGCUGGAAUCGCGACUGAAACGAAAACAGAAACAAAUAGCUAAUAUGCUGUACCAACGUGAACUGACAAUAAUGCGUCAACAGAAGUUUAUUGAGGCAUUAUCGAAUCGACUUGUUGAUCAUGGUAUCGAUACAGUGGAACCGGUCUAUGAUUUCGACAGUUUUAAUGAUUCGGAUUCAGCGGUUGUUCUGGAGGACAUUGAUUCUGACUGCAAUAGUUCGUACAUAAUGCGUCGUCGAAGUGGGAGCGGCGGUGAAGUGACAAUCGUACGGUCGAUUUCGGACGCAAUCGAAACGAAUUUGAAAUAUUCAUCGACUAGAAGGUCCAAUUGCUAUUUGCGCAGGCCUGACAUACUCGAGACGGUGUACAGUGUGGAAGAGGAUCCCGAACCGGACAUAGCAGAGAAGCGUGACAAAUUCAAAAAUCGCUCCGAGCGAAUCGUAUGCGAAGAUGGCGACAAAUCGGCAUCGGAACCGGUCAAUGAGGAUAGCGGUGACCAGGAUAAAGUGUCACCGAAUCGUAGUGCUAAGCAAACACAAGUGACAAAUUACAAUCGAGUUAUGUCCAAUCAUCGAUCGGUAACGAAACCGAAAGACGUCAAAUACAAGCGGAUUAACAAGGCGAAAUCGAAAAGUUUGGAAGAAUUGCGGGGGCGAUUAAAGGUGUGGGUGGAAAAGGGAAAUGUUCCUGCGGAGUGUCCGAGACGCAUUCAAAACACCACAUGACAAAUAGAGAAGCCCUUACAACGGGGUAGCAUUUAAACAGAGAGAGAGAGAGAGAGAGAGUCCAUUCUAAAUGGUAACAGAAAUUUUUAUUUAUUAUUUUAGUCACUUUGAUCGAGUGCAUGUUGAUUAUAAGUUUACUGAUGAUUACAUUAAUGUAUUUAAUAUAAAUAUUUAAAAAAAAAAUGGUACCGGCCUAUUUGUACCUUACGUAAAGAGAGAAAAAAAAGCUAAACUGUGUUAAUCUGGCAUGCAAGCCAAAACUGUUACCUUACUGUUUUUGUAUAAACAUUAACUGUAUUCUACAUAAAUUUUAAUAU